AUGCCAACAAAGCAAAAAGCAAAUACCAGCAGUGCUAGGGAUGAAGAUUUGUCGUCCGAAUCAGUUGAGGUGCUACGGGAACGGUUGAAUCAGAUGAAGCGAUUGAUUGCCGAAAGACAAAAUCAAAAUAGUAGUGGCAGCGCAUCCGAUCUUUGGUCUCCACCCAUUCGAUCCAGCUGCAGUGGCAUCAUCGAUGGGAACUUUCUGUCGAUGGCCUUUGGUGGGGCGCUGAUAGUCAUUCUGUCGGUGUCGGUGUAUGCGUUCUACAAUCUGUACCAUGCCGUUUUGAAGAAGUUUCCCUCCCAACACACCGAGCUGUGAAUACACAGACUUGAGGAUCCGAGACGUCGUUUUCUGUGCCAAACCAAGGAAUAGUGUUUUUUUUCUUCAA